AGAGUCCUUCUGUAGAUCCCCAGCUUUUCAUAGACAGAAAGGAGAAAAAGGAGAGAGGAUAAGUGGGAGUGUUGAUGAUUGAGUUGUACCAGUGUGAAGGAACGGAGCACUUUGAUUUUUCUCCAGUAACUUCUGUUUAGGUGGGAGAACUAUUGCCUUUGUGGGAGAUCGGCAAACUGGGACCCUAAGUUAAAACUGAGUCUUUAUUCCCCAGGGCAAGGAGGAGUUACUUCCUUAUGCAACUGCAGGCUGGAUUUCAGUCCCUGUGGGAGAAAGAUGACUGGGAGAGGAGUAAGAUUACAGUCUUGGAGGCUAGGUGCACAAGGAACAAAUGGGUGUGCUUUGGUGCUAUACUGCACAAAGUCUUAAGCUUCUUUGAAACCAAGAUCCUGCUUCAUUUUGAUUGUUUUUCUUUUCUGCUUUUAUAUUUGGCUGUGGAUGAAACAUCCUCGAGGAAAAGGACUUGGGAAGAUUUAUCAAUUUAGUGACCAGGUGCCAAAGAAGUCUGACUAGUUCAAACACAUUGUUGCUCUUUACUCCCUAUUCUGGAUACCCCUUUCAGCCUCUGCCUCCCACUUCCUCCUUUCAUUCUUUAAAAGGAAUGGCCAGAAGUAACCCUUUUGGAUUUUGCACUGAUUGUUGCUUAACGAGUGCGAAGGUGAGAAGAGCACUUUGUUAAAGGACCAGGAGCAACUUUUUGAGACUUUUUUGUUUAGGCUGAUUUUUGUAUGUAGUGAAGUCUGAUGUAAAAGAAGAUGAAAAAGGAGUGUGCUUCAGGUUCCUUCAGACUCAAGCCAAAUUCAGGUUCUCUCUCACGUGCUGUAAGCUGGAUAAAUUUCUCCUCCUUGUCCAGGCAGACAAAGAGAUUGUUUCGCAGUGAUGGAGAGCUCUCAAUAUGUGGGCAGCAGGUAGAAGAUGAUGAUGAAAAUUGGAUCUACAGAACUCAGCACAGAAAAGCUGUCUCCAAUUUAGAUGAAGAGAGUAGAUGGACGGUUCAUUACACAGCACCAUGGCACCAGCAGGAAAAUGUCUUCUUACCUACCACGAGGCCACCCUGUGUGGAAGACUUGCAUCGACAAGCCAAACUGAACUUAAAAUCAGUGCUGAGAGAAUGUGAUAAACUGAGGAGAGAUGGUUAUCGAAGCUCUCAGUACUAUUCUCAGGGACCGACUUUCUCUAAAGCCAGUUCAGCUUGUGACACCUAUAAAGAUGAAGAUGAAGAAAGUAAUCAAAAGUGUUCCAUCUCUUCCUCAGAGGAAGAAAAACUUAUUGCUACGAAGAGAGCCAGAACUCCAACUUCAAAUGACUUAUCUGAUAUUAACACCCAAACAAACUGGACCAAGUCACUUCCGCUGCCAACACCAGAGGAGAAGAUGCGACAGCAAGCGCAAACAGUCCAGACAGAUGUGGUUCCUAUUAAUGUAACUGGGGAGAAUUUCGACCGCCAAGCCAGCCUUCGGCGGUCUCUAAUUUACACAGACAAUGUUGUAAGACGGCCGAAGAAAGUCAAAAGGAGAAAGACUAUUACAGGAAUCCCAGACAACAUACAAAAGGAGCUAGCUACUGCCACUAGCCAGAAUGACUUCCGUGGUCACUCUAUGUAUGUCCCAGACCACUAUUCCACCUUAGGAAGGCUUGACAACUAUCGGUCUGUCAUUCAGCGUUCUGAAACCAGGGAUUCCAGUUGUCAGACUGAUGAAGUGAAAGUUGUGCCUCCUUCAAUGAGAAGAAUAAGGGCCCAAAAAGGUCAAGGUAUUGCUGCCCAGAUGAGCCAAUUCUCCAUCUCAUCAGGGAACAUGUCGGUGAUGAGUGAUUCUGCAGGAGUUGUGUUUCCUUCACGCCUCUACAGUGAUGGAGGUUUCCAUAGUCUUCCUCGCCCUGGAACAAGGGUAUCCCAUCAUCCACUAGAAUCACCACAAGAUCUUGUUAACCCUGCAGAAGACUUGGCUAGUAUUCUUUCUUACCAGAUGGAUAAAUUGCAAGUUGAUGAGAACCUUGAGCAAAUGAGAUGUAUCUCAAGGCCUGGGACAUUAUCACGGCCCAAAUCUGAAGAGUUGAGGCAUUAUGAAAGUGAAAAAAUAAGCCCAGCUUGUGUUGUUUCUCCUCAUGCAACUUACUCUACCAGCCUCAUAGCAAAUGCCACAAUUUCUUCAUCAUCAGAGGUUAUUGCUAUUCACACAGUCCAGAAUACUGGACAGUUGGACAGCAAAAUCACCAGCUCGUUAUCUUAUGCAAAGACAAUGAAGUCCAGAGACAAUCUUGCCACCACCAGUGCCAUAAAAGAUGAUCAUCAGUCUUCCAGUGGUAACUGGAGUGAGAGUAGCUCUACCCGACAUUCACAGACCAGCAAUGUGGUCAUGAUGGCAUCCCUCUGUGGCUCAGAUGUCUCUCUGAACACUCCAGGAAACAAGGAGAAUGGGUCCCGAAAUGUUGCCUAUAACUGCAGAAGCAAUCUGAAUUUUCUAAGCCAUUCCCAGGAUAGUGAUGGCAAGAGUGAGUCUAGUUAUUCAGGUGAUAGAGCACAUGGUAGCACAGAGGCCUGGGAAUACAAAACCUUAGGUAAUGAGAGGGCAUCCCCACACAAGCCACUUUGUAUUACUCCUGGCUACUCUACUCCCGCUAGUAACAUGAGCAGCAGUAGUUUAGACCAGACCUCAGUCAAAGAGGACUCAAAUGCAGUUCACUCCGACCAUGAUGGCUUCUACACUUCCAUGCAUAUGGACUCUGAACUCAAAUCAGGAAAACCGUGCAAUAGCAGUGAUGGCUUUGGGAACCCCAGGCACAGUGUGAUUAAUGUUUUUGAUGGGAAAGCCCAGAAAAACCAAGGUGACCAGACACAAUACUGUAAUAAAUCUCUGCCACGAAACAUUUCCUUAAAGAAAGCGAAGAAACCUCCCCUUCCACCUUUUAGAACAGAUUCUCUUCGAAGGUCCCCUAAGAAAAAAUCCCAGCCCAAUGGGCAGGUGCUCAAUGAGACUCUGAUUGCUACCCUCCAGCAUUCCUUGCAAUUAAAUCUGCAGCGUAAAGAUAGCAGUUCCCCUUCCCAGAGCCCCUGUAGUGAUUACGAGGAUCCAUGGCUCCUCCGUUCCCGUAGCCAGAGCACAGUCAGCACAAGCAGCAGUAUGGUGUCUGCCACAGCCCCAAAUGUGUACUCUCUCUGUACAGUCACACCAUCCCAGAGCGACACAAGCAGUGUCAAGUCAGAGUAUGGUGAUCCUUGGGGUUAUUAUAUUGACUACACUGGCAUACAGGAAGAUCAGGGGAAAUCUGGAGGAACAUGUCCACCUAGUGCUGUGGCCCCUUUGUGUGAUUUUUCCACCAGCCACCUCCAGGAUGGGUCCAGAGCGCCCAUUCACCAGGGGUCUAGUGGACUGGCCAAACCAAAGAACACUUCCCCAGAGAAGUGUCACAGGGUUACUUCCCCAUCUAGUGGUUAUUCUAGUCAGUCGAAUACCCCUACAGCGCUUACCCCAGUGCCUGUGUUUUUAAAAUCCAUCUCACCAGGAAACGGAAAAUCAAAGUUGAAGCCCAAAGUGCCUGAAAGAAAAUCCUCUCUGAUCUCUUCAGUAUCUAUCUCUUCAUCUUCAACUUCCCUUUCUUCUAAUACUUCAACUGAAGGUAGUGUGAAUAUGAAGAAGUUGGAUUCAGCCAUUCCUCCUCUUUCUCCAGCACCUCCACAUACUCUUGAUCAUUCCCCUCUUCCUCCUCCUCCUCCUUUGGCAGAUGUUUUGGAGCCAUCCACCGUGCAGCACUCCCCCAUUUUCCCUCCUCCACCACCAGAAAUUCUUGCUUCUUCUUUCCUUCCAACUGAUACGUGCUUUCCUCUUCCCCCCACAUCCUUCAGUACGCCAGAUUCAGAUGCUUUCUUGCCACCACCUCCUUCAUCUCUUUUUCCCUCAUCAGUUCCUCCACCUGCUCCACCUCUUGACCCCAAGUUGAUGAAAGAAUCUUGGCCUUCUUUUAAAAAGUGUAGCCAGCAGGAUUCUUCUUGUGCUGUAUUAAAACAGCCUCUCAACCAGGAAGAAACCACUAAACCACCAAUGCCCCUAAUAACCACUAAAGCAUUACAGAUGGUACGGUUGAGGCCGGUAAAAAAGCCCCCAGGAACAUUAGGAGUGCAGCCAGGCAAACCAGCUUCUGAAACAGAAUCUCAGGAAAAUAAUUCUGUGGUUCCCCAGGGUCCGUUAAAACCACCUUCUGCCUUGAAACACAAAGAGAGCCUCAAUGGAGUGGACAGCAGCAAAGCCCAGGAUGUCCCUGUUAAAAAUACGCUUUCAUCUCCUGCAAAGGGCUUGUGUUUGGGUCAUCAUAGCAGGGCAGCUGAGCUUUCCUCCCUUCAAAGGCAUGGAGAUGCAGUGCAUCCUGUACCAUGCUCUGAAGUAUCCUUUUCAGGAACAAAUGCUGAGGAAGGGGUGCACACUUCUGGGCAGGAUGAGGAAUCUCCCAACCUCAGGACUGCCUUGCACCAGGAGCAUCCCAGCUCUCCAAAAAAGACACAUGGCUCCUCACCCAGCAGGAAACCACCUCCUAUUUCAAAGAAACCCAAACUGUUCCUUGUCGUGCCACCUCCGCACGUAGAUUUCACAGCAGAGAAAACAACCAAAGUGAAUGAAAGUGUCAGCAGCUCAGCCAGGGGAGAGGUGGUUGAUGUGAAUGGCAGAGAGGCAAAAGCGGGGUUUGCAAUAGGACCUGGUUCUGCCGAGGCAGACUUGGAAAGCUUGGUGCCAGAGGGAGGAGCUGCAGGAUCCACCUUCCUUGCAGAAGUGCAAGCGGAUGUCUAUAUGGUACAGCCUGAUGCAUCACCAGCUCAAGGAGCUUCCAAGCAGGAGGAGCCAAGCACUUCAGAUGAAGGCAGCAAGACAGAGAGCAGGGAAGACACUGGUGGUAACUUGGGCAAUCCCCCUUCUCUAGAGGAUGGAAAUAUUGAGGUAUGUGAGGCUGAGAUGGUAUGUACUUCCCCUGGAGCAUGCAGUAGCCUUAAGGAAGAUGGGGGUGAUGAGGUAACAACUCCAAGUAGACCCAGGACCACAGAAGAUCUUUUUGCAGCUAUCCACAGGUCUAAACGGAAAGUCCUUGGCCGGAAGGAUUCUGACGAUGAUCAUUCCCGAAACCAUUCUCCAUCACCCCCUGUGACACCCACUGGUGCUGCCCCCAACCUGGCUUCCCUUAAACAAGUGGGAUCAAUACAGAGAAGCAUUCGUAAGAGUAGCACUAGCAGUGACAACUUCAAAGCUCUGCUGCUGAAAAAGGGAAGCCGGACAGAUGCCAGCUCUCGAAUGUCAGCAGCGGAGAUGCUGAAGAAUACAGACCCAAGGUUUCACAGAUCCAGGUCAGAGCCCUCACCAGACACCCCUGACAGCCCCUCAAGCUGUUCUCCAAACAAGAACAGGAGGGCCCAGGAAGAGUGGGCCAAGAACGAAGGCCUGAUGCCAAGGAGUCUGUCCUUUUCUGGCACGAGGUAUGGCCGGAGCCGGACGCCGCCUUCUGCAGCAAGCAGCAGGUACAGCAUGAGGAACCGGAUUCAGAGCAGCCCUAUGACUGUCAUUUCUGAGGGGGAAGGAGAAGCAAUGGAGCCCACAGAGAACAGAAUCCAUCGGACUUCAGGAGUUGGGAGGGAGAAGGAAAUGGAUGGAUUUUCUGGGAACCCAAUGGACACAAGUGAACUUCCCAAUUCUAAAGAGCAGGGCUCCAAGGAGGCCCAGGCUCCUAACCAUUUAGAUGCAAUGGAUAAGGCGAAUAGUAAGGUUCUAUCAGGACAGUGUAGAAGUUCUUUAAGGGAAGAGAGUUAGGCUUUGAGGACAAAUAUGCUUUUCACCUUCGUGUUCCAUGUAAUAGGCACGAGGAUAAGGUAUGGGUACCAGGGGUAAUCCCAGGGUGAGACCAUUCACUUUGCUGAGUGUUGAUUACACUCUCUGUGCUGAGUGCCAGAUCAUUGCUGGUUCCACAUGGUAGAGGAAGGUCUAUAGGACUUACAUGGUGUCUGUGCCCUCUGGCUUAAAAGCAAGUCAAAGCUUAACUUCUGAAAGUCCCUCUGGGGAACACUUUUCCUCGGUGCUGGGCACAUAAAGGUCUAUGUGCUUUUGGGGAGUCUUUUUCUUUUAAUUAGUGAGAAAGUGUAGGAGCAAAGAGGUCAACCUAGGUAAACAGAAAGCUUCUGGGACAUAAUAUGGUUGUUGCUUUUGAAGUAUAUUUAUCAAGUUUAGUGAGUUCCAUAAGCAGGAAAAGUCCACAGCUGGUGAGAGGUGGCGGCAUUGCUAAUUCAGGAAUCAAACAAACCAUAUGAAUAUAGAUGCAUGGGUGCUUUUGGAUUUUAAGCAUGUCGUGGUUAAUACAGAGAAGCUGGUAAAGGGCUGGAGUCAUUGGUUCAGGUACUUUUUUCUGGGAAAAAAAAAAGAUUUUUUUUCUUUUUUGUAAAAGUGACAAAAGUGUGUGAAAAUGGCACCACUAAAACUUGGUGUCUGCUGCUAUGCAGCCACCUACUCAUACAGCCUUCAGCCUAAUUUUUAGAAGGUGUGUGUGGUUUUGAAUGAAUUUCCUCCUUGAAUAGAAAUUUAGACAACCUUGGAGAAAACUGAAAUGACUUGUUGUAAAUAUGCAAAAAGACUCUAGUGGUAAUAAAAGAGAAGAAUCAGAAUAAAUGAUAUACUACUAGAGUUGGAAUUUUCUGUUUAUAAAUAAAAUUAUUUCCAAAACUAAAUUUGAAAGCUUGCACUACAAAAUUGUGGGUGGAGAUGUUCCCUUUUAAAACUCUGUUUUGCCAGAAUUUAGUUUCUGUUUGGCAAAUUUCUCAUCACUUGAAAUGUCAAUAUUUGGUAACUUUUGGUCAUACCAAAGAAUAAGUUAUGGCUGUUUCUUUCUAAGCUGUCUGCAAUAUUCCUUUUUUAAAAUAACAUAGAAGGGUCUAUCUUAAUUGUCUUGUAUGUUGGAAAUGAUACUUAGAAGAAAACAACAGUUCUUUUUAGUAAAGAAAAAAUAGCUGGAAUUGGCAUGUUGAAUUGAGCUCUUGAGCCAUACUAGGAAGUUUUUAAAUUUAAAAACAAAAAAUUUUAUACUAAUUGGCUUGUGCAGUUUUUAUAUUAUCUGUAAAUAACUAAGGUUGUUAAUUACAUUUUUAAUCUUCCCCAUCUUAGAAUUUAUCCAUUUUUAGUAUAUGGGAGAAAGUAUGUAGAUUUAUUUAUUUUAGGGAAAUAUGCUUGUGACCCCUACCUCUUCCACCUUCCCUAUCCUUUGAACUCCUUUGUUAGUCAUGUAAAUUCAGGACCUUCACUAAUAAAAUUUUUAGCAGAGGGAUCCAAGGGAUCUAUGCUGUGAUACUUAGCUCAAAUAAAAUGAGACAGCCAAUUGUUAUCUUGUCUUUUAUAUAAAAAUAACUUUUUGGAUCUGCACUAAUGUUUUUACAUCUCUCCAACAUAUCUACCCUAGGCACUUCAUAGUCAUACCAGGAAACCCAAUGUAUUUUUGAGGAUAGCCUAAAGAAUGUAUUCAGGCUCCUUCUAUCUUUUGUAGAAUUGUUUUAUUUCAAGCUGAGAAACCAUCAGGACCUGAUAUUAUUCAACAAUAGAUUUGCUUUAUGAUGUUUCCACAUAAGGCAUAAGGGUUCUGUGGUCUGAAUACUUAGAAUGUUCCUAUGUAUGAUAAAAUUUAUGCAAUCUUCUGUAAGAUCAGAAGUGUCUGAAUAUUGGAAUCCACUACUUAAUAAAUUAACUACCUUGAAGGUAAAGUUGAUAACAAACUUCAUUAAGAGAUUGUCAGAUUUUUAAAAAUUGUACAAAAAUGCUAUUUAAACUUGCUUUAAUAAAAACAAAGUAAAGUAAUAUUUUAA